CCUCGACGGACGAGUAGAAAGAGUAUCACGAUGAAGAUGAGAUCGCCAACUGUACGGACACUGCAGGUCAUGCCAUCUACUGGCUAUCACACCCUUUCCCCACAAGCCAUGUGCCAUGAACUACUCGUCAUAUCCAUAUUAGCUUUAUAACGGAGGUUCGCCCAAUCAUAUCCAUAGAUGUCUUGUGUAUAAUUUUGACAGCUCUUGCGCAGUCAAUUUGUUGGCGGUAAUUGUAG